GAUUUAAUUGUCAGGGAAAGCAAGUGUACCAACCUUAACAUAAAUGCACCUUUGCUUAAAACGGCAUAAAACGUAAACAUCUUUUAUGCUUGGUUAGAUCUGCGCUUGGUGAUAUUCGAAAUGGAAGACAUGUAUGAAAAUUCUUUAAUGAACAGUUGGCCUACAAAGAAGCCGAAAAGAAAAACGGACAUGAGUCAAGAGGACUGCCUCUACUUCAUACAUCUGUUUAAAAAACACGCGUGUCUGUGGCAAAGAACCCAUAGUGACUACAGAGAUCAAGUCAAAAGACAUAAAGCUUGGGAGGCUAUGUCGCAAAUAACAGGAUACUCGAAAGGGGAAUUAAGACACAAAUGGGAUUCCCUUUGCAGUUCCUUCCGACAUUACCGAAGAAUUCAUAAUAAAUCAAAAAAGUUGUUGGGUUCGAAAGAUGCGCAGCAUCCAAAGUGGUUUGCCUACAAAGCGUUAAGUUUUCUUGAUCAUCAAGUCCAACAUGACAAACCUCCGUCGCCUGGCGUGAACUCUGAAGAAGAUACGCAACCGGAAAUCGAUGACUUUGGAACUUAUUUUUUGGAACCAAAACUGGAACCAGAGCCACCGGAAAUCGAAGACAUACAGAUUGAAAUGUUAGAGCCUGAAGUGACACCGAAGACAGUGACGUUAGUCAACAUUCAUGACAAAACAGUAGUUUGUAAGACCGUCCCUCAACCAGAAACCAAGAGACCCAGAAUACUGCGGAACCUACCAAUACAAAACGUGAAUGAUCCUGAACUGAACUCUUAUGCAAGCAAGGAAAAGCCUUUUCCAUUAUCGGAGGACCCACUACGAAUAGGUCGUGAGGAUCAACCAACAGCGUCUACCGAGAGGCAAACACCGUUUAGAUCAUUUGCGAACCUAAUAGAGCAAGAACUUUGCCAUCUAUCUAAAGAGCACGCAGCAAUGGCCCAGAUGGAUAUUUAUCGCAUUAUUGGGGAGUACAAAUUGAAAGAUAUACGCCAAUGCACAUCCAAUUCGAAUUCGGCUGACAAAAAUUUGAUGGAAUCAUCGCCGACGCGAACAGAGAUACGGCCCGUUUAAAAAGAUUAACUAUAACUGUAUUAAAACAGAUGAGUUGCAAGUUGCAACAUACAAUAAAACGCUAUGUA